UGCUCGAACGCGCGUACGAUCUGGUGGCUGGGUUGCAUUUGUACCGGUAACGUGUAGCCGGUGCAAUGGCUGAAGCACAUUCAGCUGUUGCUUUCUCGUUCUCAAUCACCCACGAAGGAUGGGACAUCAAUUACGAUCGUGAGGUCUUAGAUCUCGUCUGGCAGUCUGGUGUACGAUCAUGGAAGAAACGAUUGGCACGAUUCCGGACUGGAGUACGCAACGGCGUCUAUCCGGCCCAUCUUCAAAGUCUGUGGCUGGUGAUAGCGAUAGCGGUGGGAUUACAUUUUACCAAACGACACGUUCCGUUCGAUCUAGUCAACAAAUGGCUAUCCGUUUUACCAGGCGACACACUCCAAUGGCAGUUGACGGCAUGUUCAUUAGCCGGGCUGGUAGUUUGGCUAUCAAUUUGCUACACAAUGCGUUACUCGCUGAAGUUGUUGCUUAUGUACAAAGGAUGGAUGUAUGAAAAACGUGCACCGGGCAGCAAAGUGUCUUUGCAGACAAGAUUAUGGGGAUUGUUCGUCAAAAUACUUGCCACCUGGAAUAAACCAGGACUGUACAGCUUCCAAGGAUCGCUCCCGAGGCUACCGUUGCCAAGCGUGCAGGAUACGAUGACCCGCUAUCUUCGCUCCGUUCGUCCCCUGCUGGACGAUACGAACUACAACCGAAUGGAGCGGUUAGCGAAAGAAUUCCAGCUGGGCAUCUCGACCAAACUGCAGCGCUAUCUGUUCCUCAAGAGCUGGUGGUCCACCAACUACGUGUCGGAUUGGUGGGAGGAGUACGUGUAUCUGCGUGGUCGUGGUGCGCUCAUGGUUAACAGCAACUUUUACGGGAUCGAUGCCAUUUUUAUGCAUCCGACCAAGGUACAGAGUGCACGGGCAGCCAGUGUGGUAAACUUACUACUACAGUUCCGCCGUACCGUUGAACGGCAGGAACUCGAACCGAUCCUAGUGCAGGGUUUGGUGCCUUUGUGUUCGUGGCAGUAUGAGCGUAUUUUCAACACCGUACGUGCCCCCGGUGUAGAGACCGAUAAAAUCAUUCACUAUCAAGAUUCAAACCACAUCGUCGUGCUGUAUCGCGGCUGCUAUUACAAAGUUAUCAUCUAUCACAAUGGGCGAAUAUUGCGUCCAUGUGAACUGCAAAUUCAGAUCGAACACAUCCUGCAACAGGGAGCGGAAAAACCCCAACCGGGCGAAGAGCUGCUGGCUUCGCUGACUGCUGGAGAUCGUACCAAGUGGGCACAGGUGAGACAAACCGUGUUCGCUAAGGGAGCAAACCGCACAUCGCUACAUACCGUCGAAAGUGCGGCGUUUGUACUGUCGCUCGAUGAAAAACCGUUCGAGUUUGAUUUGGCUCAUCCGGAAAAGUUGGACCAGUUCGGGCGCUACCUACUGCACGGCAAUGGCCAUGAUCGCUGGUUCGACAAGAGCUUUACCGUGUGCGUUGGUAGCAAUGGCAGGAUUGGAUUCAACGCGGAGCAUACGUGGGCGGAUGCAGCCGUUAUGUCGCACAUUUGGGAAAUGUUGAUCAUGGGAGAAACUGAGCAGCGGGCUGAUGCACCUGUUAUGGCACAUGUUUGGGAAUAUAUUGUCGCUGAAGAGGCAACCAAUCCACGAUAUGAUGAAAAUGGCAACACUGUCGGCAUUCCUGAGUUUGAACCACCAACUCCAAAACGUUUGACGUGGGACCUGAACGAUAGAGUAGCGCAGGACGCUAUAGAAGAGGCGCACAUUGCUGCACAAAAGCUGUUGAAUGAUGUGGACUUGCGUAUUCUGGUGCACGAUGCGUACGGUAAGGGAUUGAUGAAGACGUGUCGCCUUUCCCCGGAUGCCUUUAUUCAGAUGGCGCUACAAUUGGCAUACUACCGAGAUGCGGGCAAAUUUUCCCUCACCUAUGAAGCAUCCAUGACACGGUUGUUCCGCGAAGGUCGUACGGAAACCGUUCGUCCAUGCACGAUCGAAUCGGCUGCAUGGGUUAAAGCGAUGCUUGAUUCAAACGUUUCGAUUGAAGAGCGUGUGCGUUUGUUGAAUGCGGCCUGUGAACGGCACCAGCUCGGCUACCAGGAUGCAAUGUGCGGCAAAGGAAUCGAUCGACAUCUGUUCUGCCUGUACGUGGUGUCCAAGUAUCUGGAAAUUGACUCACCCUUCCUGCAGGAGGUGCUGAGCGAACCAUGGAGAUUAUCUACUAGUCAAACGCCACACGGCCAAACUUCUAAAAUGGACCUGAAGAAACAUCCAAAUUGCAUCAGUGCUGGUGGCGGCUUUGGCCCCGUCGCCGACGAUGGAUAUGGUGUGUCGUACAUUGUCGCUGGCGAGGAUCUUAUAUUCUUCCACAUAUCAUCAAAAAAAUCCUGUGGAACAACGAGCUCCGAAAGGUUUGCGCAAGAAAUUUGCCGCGCUUUGGCCGAUAUGAAGUAUCUUUUCGAGGAGUAUCGUAGUUUACAGAAGAAGAAACAAUCCUCCGCCGCUAUUAAAUCCGACAAAUCAGAGGCCAAAUAGUGAUAGUG